AUGUCGGACGUGUGCGGGCCUCACAGUCACCACGCCCUUGGAGAUCUGCCCUGUGAAUAUAAGCAAUGUGAUAAGACUUUCAGUGAGGACUUACCCUUCACUAAGCAGGUAAGAACUCACAGUGGAGAGAGACCUCAUGAAUGUAAGGAAUGCGGGAAAGCCUUUUCUUACCUCUCGGCCCUCACUAGACACUUACGGACUCACAGUGAAGAGAGGCCUUACGAAUGUAACGAGUGUGGGAAAGCCUUUAGUGACGCCUCAUCUCUCUCCAAACAUUUAAGAACUCACACUGGAGAGAGACCCUAUGGAUGUAAAGUGUGUGGGAAAACCUUUGCGUGUUCCUCCAACCUUAGCAAACAUGUGAGAACUCACAGUGCGGAGAGGCCCUAUGAAUGUCAGGAAUGUGGGAGAGCCUUCAGUGAGGCCUCGUACCUUACUCGACACAUAAGAACUCACAGUGGGGAGAGGCCGUACGAGUGUAAGGAGUGUGGGAAGGCUUUUAGCUACGCCUCGACCCUCACUCGACAUGUAAGGACUCACAGUGGGGAGAGGCCCUAUGAGUGUAAGGAAUGUGGGAAAGCCUUCAGUCGGCACUCUCAUCUCACUAAGCACAUAAGAAGAAUUCACAGUGGAGAGAGACCUUAUAAAUGUAAGGAAUGUGGAAAAGCCUUUUGUGAUUCUUCAACCCUCACCAUACAUACAAGAACUCACACAGGAGAGAGACCUUAUGAAUGUAAGGAAUGUGGGAAAGCCUUCAGGCAGCUCUCAGCACUCAUUACACAUGUAAGGGCUUACAGUGGAGAGAGACCAUACGAAUGUAAACAAUGUGGGAAAGCCUUCAUUUGUUCCUCUACUCUCACUUCACAUAUAAGAACUCACACUGGAGAGAGGCCCUAUGAAUGUAAGGAAUGUGGAAAAGCCUUCAGGCAGCUCUCAACCCUUAAUAAACACAUAAGGACUCACAGUGGAGAGAGGCCCUAUGAAUGCAAGGAAUGUGGGAAAGCCUUCCGGCAGCUCUCAACACUCACUACACAUAUUAGAAUUCAUAAUGGAUAG